AUGUCGCUUUUAUAUGUAAAGUCCUUGGUCUUGGUACUAAUUUUGUUUCCCAUCAAGUGCAAAUCAUUCAAAAAUGAUAUAUUAAAAUCUGAAGGCAAUGGAGAAAUUUCUCAAUACCAAAUUGAGGCUUGGUUGAAAAAACCCAUCGAACACAUACCUUAUCUACAUUUGAUGUUACGUUCCUCCCUAUAUCAUCAUGAUGUAGAAAAUCCAUACACCAAAUGGUUUUUGCAACAGACUUUUAUUCCCCUUAUUCUAAGCAUCUAUGAAAUAAGGAGUAAUGAAACACCAAUAGGUCAGAUGUCAGAAGAACCGAAUAAUUAUAUAAUAAUGAGCAGCAUGAAAGAUUUACGCCAAACAUCGCUACAUUUUGCUCAACGUUCUGGUAUAUAUUUCUUUAUCAUAGAUGAGGACGAUGAAGUUGAUAUUCAGUAUUUACGAAAUACUUGCCACGAUUUAUGGAUUAAUUUUCAAAUAUAUAAGAAUUUGCUCUUGACCAAAAGUGGAAUCUUUACAUAUGAUCCAUUUGCAAUUAACGAUAAUGGAGUUUAUGGAAAAAUUAUACGCUACACAGGAGAGGAAUCGAUGGAACGUACUAUAUUCUUUAACAUGCGUGGUUACCCUUUGCGUGUUCAAAUAUUUAGAUCUGUCUAUUCGAAACCCAUGCUGGAUGAGGUGACUAAAAAAGUCAAAUAUGUUUAUGGUGUUGAUGGCAGGGUGGCCGAUGUUUUACAGGAGCGCUUAAAUUUUACGAUGAAUUUUUUGGAUCCAGAUCCGGACUAUUUUGGAGAAAGGGCCCCAAAUGGUACCUACAACGGGGCCAUAGGUUCGAUUAUAAACAACGAAUUGGACUUGUGCCUAAGUGGAUUUUUCGUCAAGGAUUAUAUGGUGCCAGAGUUGGAGUUUUCGGUGGCCGCUUAUGACGAUAUGCUUUGCAUUUAUACGCCAAAAGCAAGCAAAAUACCCCAGUCCAUAUUGCCCAUACUCUCGGUGGACUACACACUGUGGUUGGGCUUUAUUGUUACAGCCUUUGUUUGUUCCUUAAUAUGGAUUGUAUUGCGUUGCUUGAAUUUACAACUGAACAUAUCUCAUGACCACGUAAAUGAAACUGUGGGGGCACAAGCAGAAUUGAAGAAAAGUUACAAAUGGCAAUUCAUACGAAUACUUAUCGACACCUGGGUGGUUUGGGUGCGAGUCAAUGUCACACAUUUCCCACCCUUCAAUUCAGAGAAAAUCUUCAUAGCUACACUAUGCUUAAUGAGUGUCAUAUUUGGGGCCAUUUUCGACUCCAGCUUGGCCACUGUCUACAUUCAUCCCAUGUACUACAAAGAUAUGCACACCAUGGCAGACUUGGACAAGAGUGGCCUUCAUGUUAUAUACAAGUACUCUUCCAUGGGCGAUGAUCUAUUUUUCAGCGAAACGUCACCACUUUUUGCAAGCCUCAAUAAAAAAUUGAGUCAUUUGAAGGACCUGGAUGCCGAUGUCCUGAAGGAUGUCGCCGAGCAUGGUGGAAAGGCUGGAGUUUCUCGUUAUACCACACUUACCUUGGAGUAUCUGCGAUACAUAAUUAACAAACAGGUCUGGGUGAUUCCCGAGUGUCCCAAGUACUAUACGAUUUCCUAUGUUUGGCACAAACAUGCUCCCUGGGAUGACACCAUUAAUCAAUUGCUACUGAGGAUGCAAAAUGGCGGUUUGUUCACCAAGUUCAUAAGGCAAAUGCAAACCGAUGUCGACAUUACAAUAUCAUCACAAAUCAACAUAAAACUUAAUGAAGGAUUUAAAGUUUUAACCGUCGAAGAUUUACAGCUGGCUUUUUAUGUAAUUUUAGUUGGUUCCUUCAUGGCUUUCAUUUCCUUUUGGGUGGAGACACUGAGUAAACGCCGUCACCCACGAAUAUCAACGCUCAAAUAG